UGCUCUUUUAGAAGCCGAGGAUUUAAAACCUCCCGUCAAAAUAUCUUCAGGAACUGGUUCAGGACAUGAGAUCUUAUGCCAGGGCUUUAACUGGGAGUCUCAUAAAUCUGGAGCUACAAGAAAAGGCUGAACUGUUAUCAUCGCUUGGUUUUACCGUAGUCUGGUUACCUCCUCCUACAGAGUCAGUAUCACCUGAAGGCUACAUGCCGAAGGAUUUAUAUAACUUAAACUCUAGAUAUGGAACUAUUGAUGAGUUAAAAGUUAUUGUGAAGAGAUUCCAUGAAGUGGGAAUCCAGGUUCUUGGGGAUGUUGUUUUAAACCAUCGGUGUGCUAGUUUCCGGAAUCAUAAUGGUGUCUGGAAUAUCUUUGGUGGUCGUCUUGUUUGCAUUUAUGCACUUGUUAGCCCCAUUUUCAUUAACUACAAGCAAAUGUUCAAUUGCCAGUCACGGCAUAUGACCCGAAUCAUAAUUUGUGAAAAGUUGAUUGAAAUGGAGGUUGAGUGCAUGAUUGAUAAUGCUCUGCAUUUGGCAAAAACUUCCAAUCCCGAAUUAUAA